GGAUGAAUUAACCGAAAAUGGAAUAUCGUUACGAAACGAUGUUAAAUAUCCACCUAAUUAUCCUGAACAAUUAAUCGCGGGCCUGACAGUACAACCUAGAGAAAAUUAACUAAAGAAUUCUGGUGUGACAGGCCGGUAUCUUAAUGCUUUCGUGGCGUGAUGGUGGGGGCAACCGUGGGGAGCUUCCGUUUAUCUGUGAGGUCAGAGAAGGCUGGCUGCGUUCAGUGGUGCUGUUGAAAAACACGAUGAAAAUGGCGUGGCAACCGCAAGAGGAAGGACUUCGGCAAAUCUUGACGCUCCUCAAGGAGUCUCAAAGCCCGGAUACGGCUACUCAACGAGCUGUACAAGAAAAAUUGGAAGAAUUAAACAAAUUUCCAGACUUCAACAAUUACCUUAUUUUUGUUUUAACAAAACUCACAUCAGAGGAUGAACCUACGAGGUCUUUAAGUGGACUGAUUUUGAAAAAUAACGUUAAAGCUCAUUUUUAUAAGUUUUUACCAGAGGUUACAAAUUUCAUCAAACAAGAAUGUUUAUCUGCAGUUGGAGAUUCAUCACCUCUGAUUCGUGCAACUGUUGGUAUUUUAAUAACUACCAUUGCAUCCAAAGGUGAAUUAACUAGAUGGCCGGAAUUGUUACCUGCACUUUGUCAAAUGUUAGACUCACAAGACUAUAAUGUUUGUGAGGGUGCAUUUGGUGCUCUUCAAAAGAUCUGUGAAGAUUCUGCAGAAAUUUUAGAUUCUGAUGCACUUAAUCGACCAUUAAAUGUUUUAAUCCCAAAGUUCCUGCAAUUUUUUAGACAUUCAAGCCCUAAAAUUAGAUCACAUGCUACUGCCUGUGUUAAUCAGUUUAUUGUUAAUCGUACACAGGCUUUGAUGAUUCAUAUAGAUAGCUUCCUGGAAAAUCUCUUCCAUUUAGCUAAUGAUGAUGAUCCAGAAGUCAGAAAGAACGUAUGCAGGGCUCUGGUUAUGUUGCUUGAAGUUCGAAUGGAUAGAUUAAUACCACAUAUGCAUAACAUAAUAGAAUAUAUGUUAAUGAGGACGCAAGAUCUUGAUGAGGGAGUCGCUUUAGAAGCUUGUGAAUUUUGGCUUUCAUUAGCUGAGCAACCAAUAUGUAAAGAAGCACUUGCACCACAUUUACCUCGUUUAGUACCUGUAUUGGUAAGGGGUAUGAAAUACUCAGACAUUGAUAUAAUACUUCUAAAGGGGGAUGUGGAAGAAGAUGAAAUGAUCCCAGAUAGAGAAGAAGAUAUCAGACCAAGAUUUCCCAAGUCAAAAACACACCAUUCACAUCAUGGUAAUAUGAACAAGCACUCAAACGAAAACGGAGGUUGUGAUGAAGAAGACACAGAUGCUGAAGAUGGAUGUGAUGACGAUACGUCACUUAGUGACUGGAAUUUAAGAAAAUGUUCUGCUGCUGCUUUAGAUAUGUUGGCAAACGUAUUUAGAGAAGAAUUAUUACCAGUUCUAGUACCAAUUUUGAAAGAAACGCUUUUCCAUCAAGAUUGGGUAAUCAAAGAGUCUGGAAUAUUAGCACUGGGAGCUAUAGCAGAAGGUUGUAUGAGUGGAAUGAUUCCACAUUUAUCAGAAUUAAUUCCAUAUUUAAUUAGUUGCUUAAGCGACAAAAAAGCACUAGUACGCGCUAUUACUUGCUGGACAUUAAGUCGUUACGCACAUUGGGUUUGUGCGCAACCACACGAUACACAUUUGAAACCUUUAAUGACUGAAUUACUGAAACGAGUACUUGAUGGCAAUAAACGUGUCCAGGAAGCAGCAUGUUCUGCUUUUGCAACGUUAGAAGAGGAAGCAUGUACAGAACUAGUCCCUUAUCUUGGAUUUAUUCUUGAAACGCUUGUUUUUGCUUUUGGCAAAUAUCAACAUAAAAAUCUUUUAAUAUUGUACGAUGCAAUUGGUACACUUGCUGAUUCAGUAGGACAUCAUCUUAAUAAACCAGAUUACAUUAACCUUCUUAUGCCACCACUUAUUAAUAAGUGGAAUGUGUUAAAAGAUGAAGACAAAGACCUUUUCCCAUUAUUAGAAUGCCUUUCUUCAAUUGCGACUGCUUUACGAUCUGGUUUCCUUCCUUAUUGCGAACCCGUGUAUAGGCGGUGUGUAUCCCUCGUAGAGCAGACGCUAAAUCAACACAUAGCAAAUACACAGAGUCCAGAACAAUUUGAGGCCCCUGAUAAAGAUUUUAUGAUUGUUGCAUUAGACCUUCUUAGUGGCUUAGCAGAAGGGUUGGAUUGUCAUAUGGAACGCUUAGUAAUGAACAGUAAUGUAAUGCAACUGCUGUAUCAGUGUAUGCAAGAUGUUAUGCCUGAAGUUAGACAAAGCAGUUUUGCCUUAUUAGGGGACCUUACAAAGGCCUGUUUCCAACAUGUUCUACCGUGCAUACCGGAAUUUAUGCCUAUACUUGGACAGAAUUUAAAUCCUGAGUUUAUAUCUGUAUGUAAUAAUGCAACAUGGACUAUCGGUGAAAUAGCUAUAAAACUCGGUUCUGAUACAAGUGCAUAUAUUCCAUUAAUUUUGACCCAGCUUAUCGAUAUAAUCAACAGACCGAAUACGCCGAAAACGCUGUUAGAAAAUACAGCCAUAACGAUCGGUCGCCUAGGUUAUGUGUGUCCCCACGACGUCGCCCCCAUGUUACAGCAGUUUGUCCGACAGUGGUGUACCUCUUUGAGAAGCAUAAGAGAUAAUGAAGAAAAGGAUUCAGCAUUUAGAGGUAUGUGCCAGAUGAUUACAGUAAAUCCUGCGGGAGUUGUACAAGAUUUCAUCUUUUUCUGUGAUGCUGUUGCAUCUUGGAUGACGCCUAGAGAAGAUCUUAAGGACAUGUUUCAGAAGAUAUUACAUGGGUUCAAAAAUCAAGUUGGUGUGGAAAAUUGGAAACGAUUUUCAGAUCAAUUCCCACCACAACUUAAUGAACGACUCCAUAAUAUGUAUGGCGUUUGAGAAGCCCCGCCUAAAUGCGAAGGCCGCUUUAAGGGGAAGGCCAAAAGGGGUUGGGCGGGAAACAGAACAAUGGGUGUUCAGGGUGGGUGGGUGAAACCACGGCCUCUUCUCAUCAACAUCGUUGUCGUUACCGUGUUAUGGUCAUCGUCAGGCUCUCGGGGGAAUUAAUAUGCGUUAUUAGAGCUGCAAUCAGCAAGAGGUAUAAAUGAAAAAUCAAAGUGAGAAUGAAACGAAGAAAAUUGAGAACGACAAAAUAAAUGUCAUGGGCCGAAAUGUAACGCGUGG